CAGCAGCAGCCGAGAGAGAGAGAGAGAGAGAGAGAGAGAGAAUAAAAGCGUCGUGUCCUUGCAGCUCGGUGUCUUCUCUGUAAUCUAGUCUCUCAUCGCGUUGUCAACAUGCCUAAGCCUCUGAGCGACCAGGACAGGAGGAAGCAGAUCUCGGUGCGCGGCUUGGCUGGGGUGGAAAACGUCGCCGACCUGAAGACCAACUUCAACCGGCACCUGCAUUUUACUCUGGUCAAGGACCGCAAUGUGGCCACCAAAAGGGAUUACUACCUGGCGCUGGCCAACACCGUUCGGGAUCACCUGGUGGGCAGGUGGAUCAGGACGCAGCAGCACUACUACGAGACCGACCCGAAACGUGUCUACUACCUCUCUCUGGAGUUCUACAUGGGCCGCACCCUGCAGAACACCAUGGUAAAUUUGGCCCUGGAGGGCGCCUGCGACGAGGCCAUGUAUCAGUUGGGGCUGGAUAUGGAGGAGCUGCAGGACAUCGAGGAGGAUGCAGGUCUGGGUAAUGGAGGCCUGGGUCGUUUGGCAGCUUGCUUCCUUGACUCUAUGGCAUCUCUGGGCUUGGCGGCUUAUGGUUAUGGAAUCCGUUACGAGUUUGGCAUUUUCAACCAGAAAAUUGCCAGUGGUUGGCAGGUUGAAGAGGCAGAUGAUUGGCUGCGUUAUGGUAACCCAUGGGAGAAAGCCCGCCCCGAGUACAUGCGCCCUGUGCACUUUUACGGCCGAGUGGAGCAUCACCCUGAUGGAGUCAAAUGGGUGGACACACAGGUGGUUCUGGCCCUGCCAUAUGACACUCCAGUCCCUGGAUACAGAAACAACAUUGUUAACACCAUGAGACUCUGGUCAGCAAAAGCUCCCUGCGAAUUUAACCUCAAGGACUUUAAUGUUGGCGGCUACAUCCAGGCUGUUUUAGACAGGAAUCUGGCGGAGAAUAUUUCCCGUGUGCUCUACCCUAAUGACAAUUUCUUUGAGGGGAAGGAGCUCCGUCUUAAACAGGAGUACUUUGUGGUAGCUGCUACUCUCCAGGACAUCAUCCGCCGUUUCAAGGCGUCUAAGUUCGGCUCGACAGAGUUGGUGCGCACAGAUCUGACCAAGUUACCUGAAAAGGUGGCCAUCCAGCUGAAUGACACACACCCAGCUCUCGCCAUCCCUGAGCUGAUGAGGAUCCUGCUGGAUGAGGAGAAAGUGUCCUGGGAUAUAGCAUGGGACAUCACUGUGCGUACCUGUGCCUACACUAACCACACAGUCCUUCCAGAAGCUCUGGAGCGUUGGCCUGUCGACCUGUUCCAGAACCUCCUGCCUCGCCACCUGGAUAUUAUCUACGAGAUCAACCAGCGCCACCUGGAGAGAAUCGCCACUAUCUUCCCUGGAGAUAGCGACCGUCUGAGGCGCAUGUCUCUGAUUGAAGAAGGAGGCCUGAAGAAGAUCAACAUGGCUCAUCUGUGCAUCGUUGGCGCUCAUGCUGUGAACGGCGUGGCUCGAAUCCACUCGGAAAUCAUCAAAAACACAGUGUUCAAAGACUUUUAUGAACUGGACCCACAGAAGUUCCAAAACAAGACCAACGGCAUUACUCCUCGCCGCUGGUUGGUCAUGUGCAACCCUGGGCUGGCGGAAGUCAUUGCUGAGCGCAUCGGUGAGGACUACAUUCGUGAUCUGGAUCAGCUGAAGAAACUCCUGGAGUUUGUGGAUGAUGACUCCUUCAUCCGAGACGUUGCCAAGAUCAAACAGGAGAACAAAAUGAAAUUUGCUGCAUAUCUUGAAGACUAUUAUAAGGUGAAAAUCAACCCAAACUCUAUGUUUGAUAUUCAAGUGAAGAGGAUCCACGAGUACAAGAGGCAGCUGAUGAACUGCCUGCACAUCAUCACUUACUACAACCGCAUCAGGAAGGAACCCAACAAGGCCUGGACACCCAGGACAAUUAUGAUUGGAGGAAAGGCUGCUCCUGGCUACCACAUGGCCAAGAUGAUCAUUAAGCUCAUCACAUCCAUUGGUGAGGUGGUGAAUAAUGACCCUGUGGUGGGAGACCGCCUUAAAGUCAUCUUCUUAGAGAACUACAGGGUUACGUUGGCUGAGAAAGCCAUCCCAGCAGCUGACCUGUCUGAGCAAAUCUCCACUGCUGGAACAGAAGCUUCUGGAACAGGAAAUAUGAAGUUCAUGUUGAACGGCGCUCUAACCAUUGGCACUAUGGAUGGAGCCAAUGUGGAGAUGGCAGAGGAGGCUGGAGAGGAAAACCUUUUCAUCUUUGGCAUGAGAGUAGACGAUGUCGAAGCCAUGGAUAAAAAAGGGUACAAUGCUGCUGAGUAUUACAACCGCAUCCCAGAGCUCAAGCAAGCCAUUGAUCAAAUUUCCGGAGGAUUCUUCAGCCCCAGUCAGCCAGACCUCUUUAAAGACAUCGUCAACAUGCUCAUGAAUAAUGACAGGUUCAAAGUAUUCGCUGACUAUGAGGAAUACAUUAAAUGCCAGGAGCAAGUUAAUGCUCUGUACAAGAACACUAAGGAAUGGACCAAGAUGGUGAUCCACAACAUUGCCGGCUGUGGCAAGUUCUCCAGUGACAGGACCAUUUCUCAGUACGCUCGUGAGAUUUGGGGUGUGGAGCCGAGUUUGGAGAAGAUCCCCGCUCCAGAUGACCCUCGCUAGGCAGCUACUCGGCAUUCAGAAUCUCUUUUCACUGGAGUUGUUCUCACAUUUAGUUGAUUUCUGCAUUGUGGUUGUGGAGAUGUGUCUACGUGAUUCUAUCAUUGUUUGAUUGUAUAACAGAUGUCUUCCUGUCCUUUGAAAUCUGGUCCCCUGGCCUCAGAAGAUAACUUCCUGCUUACUGUGCGGUGUUUAACGACACAAGAAAGGACCAUUUUAUUCAUGUUAGCUGAAAACUACAAUCCGUCCGGGAACAGAACGCUAAACAUUCAAUAGUUAGAAAGCAUCAUUGUGGUCCGUCUAGUUUGUCUCCUUCACGUUAACCAAAGAACAACCCAGUGAAGGAGAAUUCACGUGGACCCACUGUGACGUACUGUAUAGAGCAGGUCAAACUGAAGGUCUGUCUUUCUGUGUUUCACAUUCAGCCACAUGGAUGACUGUUACUUGCUUGGACUCAUUCAGAUAUCCCUGCAUGAUUUGUUGUGUUGUGUCUGAAGUGUUUUAACAUGUUUUUUUCAUAUUAAUAGAGGCUGUUCAUUAUUCACAACACAUCGACUUGCAUUCUCUCAUUGAAGCUCGGUUGUUGUUCAUAAUAUACAUGUAAAUCUCACAAAAAAGGCAUAGGAGUGUGGCACCUCUGUAUAUCAUCACAUUAUCCUGUCUUUUGCCCCUGGACUUUUAUCUGCUUCACAGCACGCUAAGAAAGCUGCCUUAGUUUGCGUGUCUGUGUGUGUGUGUGUGUGUGUGUGUGUGUGUGUGUGUGUGUGAGAGACCAUGUAUGCUAGUGUGUAUGAGAGCCUUUAGAUGAUGCAACUUCCUCCUAUCUGUACUAGUCCUCAGCCUUAGAGACUAGUGAGUAAGCCACUUUAAUUAAAGUUAGAUUUUUGAUAUAUGCUUAAUAUUAUAUAUACAGUAUAUCAGAUUUAGGAGUGUCUGUAAACAAGGUGUUCUCACUGGAGUGUGGAAAAUACUAAACCGAUAACUAUAUUGUUAAUAAUAGUCAAUAAAGAGAUAUAUGUACAUGAUUGUAAGCUAAUGGUACUGUGCCUCUGUAAUGUACUCUGAAUGUUUUACCUCUGUACAGCACGGGGCCAACAUCUGUCACAAAAAACGGAAAAUGAUCAUGAAAUAAAGUAAACCACACAA